AUGGAUGAAUUAGCCGAACAACUUUUAUUCGUUCUCGGAUAUUUUGGACUACACAAAGUCAUCGGAUUCGGAGUCGGAGCCGGAGCUAACAUACUAGCAAGAUUUUCACUUCACCAUCCGGAAAAAGUAGAAGCUUUAUGUCUCAUAAAUUGCGUUUCCACGACCGCGGGUUGGAUAGAAUGGGGAUACCAAAAAAUAAACACGAGAUAUUUAAGAUACAAGGGCAUGACACAGGGUGUGCUAGACUAUUUGAUGUGGCAUCAUUUUGGACGAGGAACCGAAGAAAGGAACCACGAUUUAAUACAAGUCUAUAAGGAAUAUUUUGAAAACCACGUAAAUCCAGUUAAUCUCGCUUUAUUCAUAGAUUCAUAUAUACGACGAUCGGAUUUGAACAUAACGAGAGAAUCCGCGGAAAAUGUUAAAAGAAAAGACAUGAGUCCGACAUUGUCGAUGGCAGUCAUGAACAUUACGGGUUCUCUCAGUCCUCACGUUGAUGACACCGUAACAUUAAACGGUCGGUUGAAUCCUACCAAUUCGUCAUGGAUGAAGAUUUCUGAUUGUGGUAUGGUUUUGGAGGAGCAACCGGGAAAAGUAAGCGAAGCCUUCCGUUUAUUUUUACAAGGCCAAGGAUACGCGAUACCUCGAUCAAUGGGGAAUCCUAAAAUCCAGAGGAUGGUUCGAGAAAGAUCUGUAGACGUCUUAGACUCCAGAUGUAAAACAUAUAAAUCAAUUAAGAACGUAAUUCAUAUCACCGAAAAUCCAUUACCCGACACGAUUGCUUGUUAA